CCCUCUGCUAUGGCAAUCUGAUGGUAUCCUGAUGCUAAAUCAAUCUUAGAAAACCAUGAAGCUUCUUGCAACUGAUCCAACAACUCGUCGAUACGCGGAAGCGGAUACUUAUUUUUGAUGGUGACUUUGUUCAAACCUCUGUAGUCGAUACAAAGUCUGAAACUUCCAUCCUUCUUUUUCACAAACAAAACUGGUGCUCCCCACGGUGAAGUGCUCGGCCUGAUAAAACCUUUAUCUAAUAGUUCCCCCAACUGCUUCUUCAACUCAGCCAUCUCUGUGGGAGCUAAACGGUAAGGAGCUCGUGAAACCGGUGCUGCCCCUGGUUCCACCUCGAUCGUAAGAACAUCACUUCUAGCUGGCGGUGGCCCUUUUAAGGCCUCAAAAACAUCCUCGUACGCAGCAACCACGGGAAUAUCAUGCAACUCCUGCUGAUCCUCAUCAUUAACCAUUGAAAUGGUCGCCAAAAACCCCUCUGCUCCACUCUCCAAUAAUUCUUCCGCACGCAACAUGGAGAUAAUAGGAAUUCCCUGGUGUGACUGGAUUCCCUCAAAUGUGAUUUUCCCUUCCGCUCUCGGGAUAUUAACUCUUGCCUCCGGGCAAUCUAAUACAAUUCGAUGUCGCGUCAACCAAUCCAUCCCAAGUAUGACGUCGUAGAAGCUCAUCUCCAUCUCUGUCAAACCUCCGAGCAAAUCAACUCCUCCAAGCAUAACUGGUACAUCACGAUGAACUCCAAUCGCUCCCAAUCUCUCGGUGCCGGCAGUCUGAAUCUGUUUAGCCUUCGGUUCGAAGACACCCCGGAAAGACCAAGACUUGACCAAACGCGGACUCACAAAACUGUGAGAAGCUCCCGAGUCGAAUAAGGUGUGAGCUGACUCACCUCCAACCGAAACCAAUCCUACACAAGAUUUUUACUAACUACACAUGAUAACCACAAACCAAAAUAUUCAAACACAACAAGUAUGAAUAAGAUGCAUACCUGCUAUCGGCUCGGCUCCCUGGGCAUCUCCAACUGUAAACACACGUGGAGCGAUGGCUAGACGCUUCGGUGGUGGUGGAAGCGCUGCAUUGCCCCUCCUCGGGCAAUCCCUGAUUAUGUGACCCGGCUGGUUACAGCCAAAACAUUUCCCAACUGCAACUGCUGGGGCUGCUGCCACUGCUACUGGCGGUGCAACACGGGCACCGGCUAACCUGCUUCGACAAACCCUACUCUUAUGUCCAAACUUCCCGCAAUGAAAGCACUGGAUGCCUGACUGAUCCAAGGUCGUCUUCUGCGACCCGGAAGUCCCUCCGGUCUUUGGCUGAGCUGCCUUGAUGAACUUCUGCUCCGCUGCAAUACAUUUCUCUUGCACAACGGCCUUCUCAACCAGAUCCUCCAAACUGGUAUAGGUGACCAUACUGCACCUACCGUGAAGUUCUACUCGCAUCCCUUUUAAGAACCUCCUGAUAAGAUCCUCCUCAUCCAUACCAUUACCCGCAAAUCGGUGAAGCUGGCGAAACUCAUGCUCAUACUCUCUGACAAACUUUCCACCCUGCCUCAAACUCUCAAAAUCGUUCUUCUUCUCAUCCAAAGCUUCUCUUGGAAAAUACUUCUUGUUGAAUGCAUACAUGAAAUCCUCAUAAGUCAUCUCGCCACGGUGCAUCACUCGCACUCCAUCCCACCACACUGCUGCAUCUCCGCGUAAAUACAACUCAGCAAUCCUAAGCUUGUGCCUUGGUGGGCAUUGUGAGGGGUUAAACUCACACCUAGAUUUUAGAUCAGGUUUAGUGUUUAGAAAAGGUUAGGGAAAGAUAAUGUGGGCUGAAUCCCGUAAUGACUUGUAGAAUGAAUUGGAUUUGUAUUGAUAAUGUGGUAAAAGAAUGGUUACAAAAGAUGUUCUCUCGAUGAUUACAAAGAUUAUAAGAUUGUUACAAGAAGAAUGUUUUCGAUGAAUGUUGAGUAAAAUAUGAUUUUCGUCAGGUCCCCUUUCUUAGUCCUCGACCUUCUCUUUAAAUAGCCUUGGACUUCUUUAGGUUGUCUUCAACUGAUCUCCGCGAUCUUCUCCGCUUGAGGUGGAAUCCGCAACAGCUUUCCCUUGACCGGGUCCUGCGCUUCUUCUUGUUAUGACGUGAGCUUCCUCUUCGUCGUGACUUCUUUAGUUAGGAUCCUUAGCUUUCAGCCUUCGGCUCUAGCUUAGCUCUCUUUAGGCUUUGAACUCGUGAUGGGCCUAUCGCGGCCCAUCAUUAUCUUCCAUUAUUUUGACAAUCAGCUACCGGGCCAUAUUCGGGCCCAACAGUUGCCCCCAGCUCUCGAGAUGAGGUUUCGUUAUUCUCGGGAGCUAGACCUAGCCGCCCAAGCUAGAUUCUCUUGUUGAGAUCAUGAUUACUAGCUAUCUCAACCGUAUUCAUUUUUAUCUGAUCGAACGGCUAUAAUCUCUCUUUAAUUAAAUCGACGGUUUAGAUUAAAACGAGUUUGAAAUUCAAUUUCCGACUUUCGAGACGUGAUGGGAUAUAAAGCUGAGAGAAUUAACUACUUGUCUCUCCACUUCCUCCACGCCUCUCGACGGUUUCCAAGAAAUCAAAGAUCCUGUCAAGUUGUCUAGCAAACUCACUAGAGCUCUCUACAGGAAGCUACAGCAUAGUCCUAACACUUGGGUGGCUUACACCACUUCGAGAGUCGGAUCAGCUAGGUUUCCUGAACGAUACCAGGCGUCCUUCCCUGAUUCAGUGACGGUUGCCGGUUUAGAAGUUUCUGAGGGUGAUUCAGUUCUCGAAGUUUCCUCCGGAGCAAGUACUUCCUCGAAGACUCAAUCACAGAAGAUGCCAAUUCAACCUUCCUUCCGUUCCAGGGGUAGAUCGACCAAGGCUGCCAGCUCCUCUAGAGGGAGUGACAAGAACCAGGGAGGAUCCUUCCUUGACUCUGUGAAGGAGGCUCUUGACGAAGGAGGCUCUGCUCCUGCUAAAGGUGCUGGCUCUUCGGAGCCUAAGGUUCAGGAAGUAGGUCUUCCCUCCGAGGUCCCGAUGACUGAGGCUGAUCCUCAAAUGGUGAGGGAUCCUCCGGAGUUUGAGCCCCCGAGGAGCAAGAGGUCCCGAACUGACCAGGUUGACAGACCUUCGAGGUCUUCCUCCUCCUCCUCCAGAGGGGGAACCGUUGGCUGGAACUUUGCUCAUUCGAAGCCUGGGUCGGUUUUGGACGAUCCGUGGGGUUUGGCUACUCUGAUGAGGCAUAUGAAGAGUCCCGGGUGUUCCCUCCCCUCGAUCUCCAAUCUCACGCACAAGGAUGAGUACGUCGAUAUUGCUCAUCACAUGGGUCAGCUGGCUGGUGCUAUCAACAGGGCUCAGUUCAAAUUUGAGGACGCUGUACACAAUGCUCCCAGUGCCGAGGAAUUAGCCCAGGUCACUAAAUUGGUCAAGGCCAACAAGACUGAACUUAAUCAGACUCGGGCUCUGAUCUCGGAUCUCCAAGCUGAGGUAAAGAGACUUGGCUCCAAAUGUGAUGCUCAGCAGGGGACGAUCGAGAGCCAGCUGAUUGACCUCCAGGUGAAAAAUAGGAAGAUUGGGGAGUUGGAUGCUGCUCGGAAGAUAGCCGAGUAUCAAGUCAAGGAGCUGAUUGCCACAUCUCAGAGCAGCCAGAAGAACAAGGAAGCUGAGGUCAGGCUAGCCGUCCGGAGAGGAAAGAAGGAGGUAGCCAAAGCCUACAACAAAAUUCUGGUUGUUGUCAAGGAGAAAUUCUCCAAGAAGAAGGACGAAGUCGACCUCCUGGUUCAUGCUCAAGAGAUUCAAGCCAACACCGAGCUCCUGAAAGACAUGCUGGAUGGCGAGAUUAAGAGUACUCAAGAUGAGUAUGAUCGCUUGGUGCAAUAAUGCCGGAAGCUGUUGCGGCAUACGAGAAGGCUCAGGUCUCGAACUUCUCGAUCGGCAAGCUCCCUCUUCCCCAACUCUCUGAGAGCUCAGCCCCAGUCGAAACCGCCUCUGGAGGUAGUGACAAGGAGAUGGAGGAGGAGGUUCCUGAGGAGGACGAUCCAGCUGGUAAGGGAGCUGAGAAGAGCUCGGAUGACAAGGAAGUUUAAGAGCUGAGGCUCUUUCAUGCUUUCUAGGAUUUCUGCCCGAUGGGCUUUGUGUCAUUUGUUUCUAAGACUUAUAGCCUGAGGAGGCUUUUAAACCUUUAUCUGUUUACACUUCGAAUCUUUGUUAGCCUGGGGAGGCUUUUAAACCCCUGUUUAAUUUCAAACUUGGUUUUCGUUUCAUUUUGAGUCUUUGGCUUUAGUCGUAAAAUAUGACAACUUGAUCAUGAUCGAAUUUUAUGAUAAGUCUGGAAGACUUUGGUCGUUUUUAGUUCCUUAAGAGGAAUUCUUGGAGUAUCGGGAUUAGCUCAAGGUUUUUAUGAACCUAAGUUUAAUCUGGACACCUUAGGUGGGGGUUCUCGGGAACCUGAAUUUGUUUGUGGGAUUUUAAGACCCGUUGAGACUUGCUUAGGAUUUUAGGACCUAUUGAGAUUUGCUAAGGAUUUUAAGACCUUUGUGAUUUGAUGAGGAUUUUAAGACCUUGAAGAUUUGAUAAGGAUUUUAAGACCUUGGAGAUUUGAUAAGGAUUUUAAGACCUUGGAGAUUUGACAAGGAUUUUAAGACCUUGGAGAUUUGGUAAGGAUUUUAAGACCUUAGGUCCAGGUUCGUCGAGACCUGAUAUUGCUUGAAGGAUUUUAAGACCUUGGAGAUUUGAUAAGGAUUUUAAGACCUUGGAGAUUUGACAAGGAUUUUAAGACCUUAGGUCCAGGUUUGUUGAGACCUGAACUAAUCCGAAGGGUUUUUAGGACCCUAGGUCCAUGUUUGCAGGGACCUGUUUUGUUACAGAAUUGAGAUAUCGAGAAUAAUUUCUUUAUUGAUGAUUGGAUACAUGAUAUCAUAGUAAUCAUACAAUUGCUGUAUUAUAAUGAUCAUACAUUUGCUGUGUGGGCUAUGUGAUUUUAAUCAGACAUAUGCCCCCUUUGAUUGUGGUGAACGAAGUGUUGAAAUGAGGUUGGGGCUGCACUCAUGACGGAGUUGCCUACGUACCCAGUCAAGGGAUCAAGCCUAACGUAGUUCAGGAAUUUUAGGUACCUAAUGAUAAUAUCUCUUAAGAUUCAUGGCGUUCCACGAUCUGAUUUCAGGUACCCCGGUUCGCACCUUUCGGAGCUUGUAAACGCCAGGUCGUACCACGUGGAUGAUCUGGUAGGGACCUUCCCAGUUGGUUCCUAACUUCCCAUCAUCUGGUUCCUUGGUUCCUUCGAAAACUUUCCUAAGUACUAGGUCACCUACAGCAAACUGUCGGAGCCUGACUUUGGAAUUAUAUUGUCGUGCCAUAGCUUGCUGAUAGUUCUGAAUGUGAAUCAGAGCUCGGUCCCGUCUUUCCUCGAUUAGAUCGAGGCUGUCAGUUAGGAGCUGAUCAUUAGCUGCGGGAUUGGACGUACAGAGUUCCCGGCGGAGGCUACCAGCAAUGGUUUCAGCUGGAACGACAGCUUCCAUCCCAUAUGCUAAGGAGAAAGGAGUUUCUUCUGUAGCUUUUCGUGGGGUGGUUCGACAUGCCCAGAGUACUUCAAGUAAUUUUUCUGACCAGAGUUCUUUCUGGGUUCCGAGGCGUUUCUUGAGGUUUGCUAAUACUGAUUUAUUAGCCGCCUCCGCCUGUCCGUUUCCUUGAGGUCGGCGAGGUGAUGAGAAGGUCAGGCGAAUAUUCCACUUGUCACAAAAUAUUUUGAAAUCGUGGGAUAUGAAUUGUCCUCCAUUAUCAGUUACGAUUUCGUAUGGGACGCCGUGUCUACACACGAUUUCUUUCCACACAAAUUGCUCGACCUCGACCCUGGUUACCUGCUGGAAAGCCUCAGCCUCUAUCCAUUUCGUGAAGUAGUCUGUUAGGACUAAGAGGAAGCGUAGCUUCUUCUUUCCACUUCCUGAUGCUACGAGUGGUCCCACGAUAUCCAUGGACCAUCUCAUAAAUGGAUAAGGGGCGGAUAUGUUAGACAGCUUUUCCGCAGGUUGGUGUAUAAUCGGUGCAUGCCUCUGGCAUUUGUCGCAUGAAGAGGAAUAGGCCUCACAAUCCGCAAUAAUGGUAGGCCAGAAAUAUCCCUGUCUUUUGAUUCUGAUGGCUAGAGCUCUUCCUCCAGAGUGGUUCCCGCAGGAACCAUUGUGCAUUUCUUUCAUGAGUCUCAUAGCAACGAGGCCAUGGACGCAUUUUAGGUAAGGUCCGGAAAUGCUUCGUUUGAGGAGGACAGAUUCAGUUACGCAAUAUCUCGCGCUUAAUGCUUUGAGCUUUCGAGCCUCCCAUUUAUUGGGUGGAGUCUUUCUUUCUAAGAUGUAUUGCGUGAUUGGAAUUCUCCAAUCCUCUCUUCCUAUGACUUUGUUAUGAAGAGAUGAGGGAGGAUCCUGUUCGGGACCUGGUGUCGUGGUGCCCCCGGAGGUAUUGGUAGGAUUGGGCUCCAGGGAGUCUGAAUUCCGAGGAAUACCUCCAGAUGAAUUUUGGAGAGCUGAACGGCUUCUGGUUUUAACUCUGCAGACGAGUGGGUCUGAGUUGGUGCCCCCGGGGGUAUUCUGGAGAUCAGGGUCCAGGGAGCCUGAAAUUCGAGGAAUACCUUCCGUGAUUUGGAUUGUGUUCCCGGAGGUAUGCUUUUUAGAGCUACGUAUUUUGGUUUUUGGGAACCAAAAUGUUGUGAAAACUUGGGUAGCUACCGUUUCAGGGCAGGUACCCUCGGGUUGCUCUGUUAGUUUGCUCUUUUUUUCAGCUUUAGUAGCUAUGUCGAUGCUUGGUUUUUCGAUUCCUUCUACGGGUAUGAUCCGUUUUACGAGGGGGUCUGACGUGGAAGCUAAAGCAGCCAACGCAUCUGCUGAGGAGUUCUCUCCUCGUGGGAUCCUUGUUAGCUCGAAUUUGUCGAACUGUUUGGUGAGGUUCUGGACGACUUCGAGAUAUGCCCCCAUUCUUUCGUCCCUCGUUUCAUACUCUCCGUGAAACUGGCUAGCUACUAGCUGUGAAUCACUAUAAGCGUUUAGUUCCCGAAUUCCGAGACUUAGGGCGAGUUUCAACCCUGCGAUUAGUGCUUCAUAUUCAGCUUCGUUGUUUGAGGCGCUGAAUCCGAGCCUAUAGGACUGCUCAAUGGUUUCUCCUGCUGAAGAAGUUAGCCUUAGACCGACGCCGGAGCCCUGUUUUGACGAGGCUCCGUCGACAUACAGGCUCCACCUCGGAGAUUCCAUUUCGGAGUCUAAUUGCUCGGAUGCUAGUUCAAUGAUGAAGUCGGCAAGGACCUGAGCUUUCGCUGCUGCUCGAGGUCUGUACUCAAUAUCAUAUUCACUGAGCUCGAUGGCCCAUUUGGCCAAUCGCCCGGACUGGCUAGGGCUGUGCAAUAUCAUUCGUAAUGGUUGUGAGGUCAUUACGACGAUUGAAUGCGAUUGGAAGUAAGGUCGCAGCUUUCUAGCAGCUGUUACGACUGCUAGAGCUAGCUUUUCCAUUGCAGGGUACCUUGUUUCGGCAUCUAUCAAACUCUUACUGGUGUAAUAGACAGGUCUUUGUUCGUUUUGUUCCUCUCGUACCAGAACGCCGCUAACUGCAGCAGUCGACACAGCGAGGUACAGGUACAGUGGCUCUCCUACUACUGGUUUAGAUAGGAUCGGAGGUUCUGAGAGGUAAGCUUUCAAUUGCUUGAAGGCUUCCUCGCAUUUCUCGUCCCAUAAGAACUUAUUAUUUCUUAGAAGCUUGUAGAACGGGAGACACUUAUCGGUGGACUUGGAUAUGAAUCGAUUUAAUGCCGCGAUUCGUCCAGUCAAUCUCUGUACCUCUCUAGUUGUCCUAGGUGACGGCAUUUCUAGGAAGGUUGCUAUCUGCUGCGGAUUGGCUUCGAUGCCUCUUUCGGUUACGAGGUAGCCUAGGAACUCGCCCGAGGGUACCCCAAAGGUACAUUUAGUGGGAUUGAGCUUCAUAUCGUACUUGUUAAGGAUAUCGAAGCAUUCUCUUAAAUGGGCGAUAUGGUCUUCUCCAGCUGAGGACUUGACUAGCAUAUCGUCAAUAUAGACCUCCAUGGUUUUUCCAAGCUGCCGGGCAAACAUCUUAUUUACUAGCCUCUGGUAGGUAGCUCCCGCGUUCUUUAAUCCGAAUGGCAUAACCUUGUAACAAUAGGUUCCUCGUUCGGUUAUGAAUGCAGUUUUCUCCUGGUCAUCAGGAUCCAUCAUGAUUUGGUUGUAUCCUGAGAAGGCAUCCAUAAAGGAUAGGAGUCGAUGGCCAGCUGUUGCUUCAACCAGGCGGUCGAUGUGAGGUAACGGGAAGCUGUCUUUAGGACAAGCUUUGUUCAGGUCUGUGAAGUCUACACAGAUUCUCCAUUUCCCGUUUUUCUUCUUUACCACUACUGGGUUAGCUAACCAGUCGGGGUAAUGUACUUCUCGAAUGGACCCAGCUUUCGUAAGUCGGUCAACUUCAUCGUUAACAGCUUGAGCCUUCUCGAGGCCUAGCUUGCGACGCUUUUGUUUGAUCGGUUUGAAAGUAGGGUCUACUUUUAGCUUAUGGGUGGUGACGUUCGGAUCUAUGCCCUUCAUGUCGCUGGUGGACCAUGCAAAGGUUUUGACGUUGCUUUUCAGAAAAUCAAUGAGCUCCUUUUUUGUUUCAGGAGGUAGCUCGGAUCCGAUGCUCACCUGUCUUUCAGGAUCUGAGUCAUCGAUGCAAACUUUUUCAGUGAGGUUCUUGGGGGGACCUCGGAUAUUUUGUUGCAUUUCGCGACCCUCCUGGAUCUGUAAUUGCUAUUGGGGGGAUUUUUUGAGGAUUUCGAAUCCUCCCAGAUAGCAGAUCCUGGAUAUCUUCUGGCUACCGUGUAUGGUAGCUAUCCCUUCGGGUGUUGGGAAUUUUACGCAUUGAUGGUACGUUGAGGCUACUGCCUUCAUUUUGUGAAUCCAGGGUCUUCCCAGGAUCGCAUGGAACGGGGAAGGUCUGUCGAUGACUACUAGGUUGGUCAUUUUCAUUAUUCCGCCAGCUAUGACUGGGAGCUUGAUAGUUCCCAAUGAGGUAGCUGUUUCUCCGGAGAAGCCUACGAGGUUAGCUUUUUGGGCAAUAAUUUUGUAGCCGUCUAUUUUCAUCCCUUUCAGGGUGUUAUAGAAAAUGAGAUCGACAGAGCUUCCUGUGUCUAUCAUGAGAUUAGGGACCUCAUAUCCUGCGAUGUUCAGGGUGACAAUCAACGCGUCAUCAUGAGGUCUGUCAAGGUUUGAGGUCUCGCUCUCCCAGAAAGAAAUCUUAGUAUUGGAUUCAGGGUUAGGAGGCUUAGGUCCAGUGUUGGAUAUAGCCUUCCGCACGUGAUUCUUAAUGGAAUUGACGGAGUCUUGACAUAUGUCCGAUCCUCCAAGGAUACAGUCCACCCUCGAGUCGGGGCUCGAUUGAGGGGACGGUUUGCUCAAGAGAGCUUCGACUUGUAAACUUUUUCCUUGGGGGAAUUUCCCAAGAAUCAUGUCGACUCUUUUCUUGGGAGCUGGAGGUGGCGAAUCGGUCUCCUUCUCAGGUGACCUCUCGCGUUUCGGGGAAGUGUCCCUGGAACCUCUUUUCUGAUAAGGUGAUGGCUUUUUAAGGUCCACGCCCUUUAUUUCUCCAGCUGCAAAUUUAGCUGCCAGUUGUCGUUAGAGGUCCCAACAUUCCUCGGUUGAGUGUCCUUCGCGAUCGUGAUAAGAGCAACGUUUGCCUUUAUCAAAGCCUUUUGACCAGGGAGUUUUGUUUGCUGCUGCAACAGACUUCUCCUCCUUGUCUUCCUCAAUUGUGUAGGAAUGUUCUCCCUGAGUCUGGUUGUUUCGGGGGUUACCCUUUUUAUGAGGUCCCUUAGGCUCAGAGGAUUCGCUUUUCGAGUGACUCUGAGGUUUCUUGUGGAGUUUAUCCAGUGCAGCUGUCUCCUCCUCCAGAGUAAUAUAUCUGGUGGCCCUAUGAAGAGCGUCAUCGAUAGUUGGAGGAGUAUUGAGUGUUAGCUCUAACCAGAAUUUCGAUUUAUAGAUCAGACCUCUCCUAAGAGCCUCGAUGGCGACUAGGUCGUUAGGAUUCGAGAGCUUAGUUCUUAUUGCCCUGAAUUUCUCGAUGUAGACUCGUAGCGAGUCCCCCAUUCCUUGACUGACCUUCCAAAGGUCGGUCUCAGAGGCUUGCUUCAGGAUAUGGGUCGAGUACUGCUUCAUGAAGGCGUUAGUUAAUUGAUCGAAAUUGUCUAUCGAGGCUGGUUCGAGAGCGGAGAACCACUCAAGGGCUGUUCCGACCAAAUUUUCGGCGAAUGUCCUGCAGUAACCUGCUUCACACUCUUUCUGCGUGAAAUGGGCUUUAACGAUUGCCAAUCGGAAAGCUCUCAAAUAGGCCUUCGGGUCAGAGGUACCAUCAUACUCGGGAAUUCUGAUUUUUGGGUAUCUCUUAUGUGAGAACUGGCAAUUCUGUCCGUGAAUGGAGUUCCACGGGUUUCCUCGAUCAAGCUAUCGAUUUCGGGAGCUGAGCUCGUAGCUUUAUGGACUUGGGCUCUCAAUUUUUGGAGAGCUGCGUGAGUUCGUUCCAUAUAUCUACGGAUAGCUUCAGGUCCUUCUAAAGGAAGGACGUUUGGGUCGUUAGCAGGUACCCGACGGGCAGGUUCCUGGCGGAAUCGUGUUGGCUCAUCCUCCCAUGCGGUUGGAGGGCUAGAUCGCUCACCAGCUCUAGGGUUAUCGGAAUCUAUCCUUUGAUAGCUGUCCCCAUUCGGGAUCGAGCUUCUGGUUUGAUAAACCGAAGCUGACGCUCUGCCCCCAGAUGGGAAGGAUAUUCCUUCUCCGGUCCUAAGAUCAGGCGGCGGAGGAGGUAAGCGAGUAGUCCUGUCAGUAACCUGACCGGGUGUGGAACUAGUUGUCGCUAUGUUACUUCCCAUAGCACUGGUGUAAGGUGGAUUAAACAUGGGGGCUGUCCCAGUAUGAGGUGUCUGGAAAGCAGAUCCGCAUCCUUCCGGAGCAGUGCUAUCAGGGGAAAAGUUUAAACGUCCUCGGGGGAAUGAGGGAUCGGUUAAUCGAUCAUGAAAAAUGGCCCCCGGAGCUUGACGUUGCGAUGGUUGGGUUGUUGAGUUUAGAGAUCUAGUUAUCUCUUCGAAUUGUUGCUGACGAACAGUCAGCUGAUGCAUCGUGCGCUCACUUUCCUGAGCUUUGUCCACUAACUGCAUCAUCAUCUGGCGAAUCUCAGAGAGUUGUGCCUCCGUUUGAUUCGGAAUGGCUUGCUGCUGAGGAUUUUCGGUGAUCGGGAGCCCGGAGGUGGUUCCACUUGAUGAUCUCGGGUUAAUACCCCCGGUUGUAGUUUGGCUCGUUCGAGCGCCAGCCGGAAGCUGUUGCCCAGAUCGGUGGUCGCCACGUCGAGGCUCUGUGAUUACAGGACUAGAGCCUCCGUCAUUCGGUGAGCCAUCGCUCUGAAUUGGGAGGUUAAGGUCAGACGGGUUUGUUGUCUGAUCAGUAGGAUUCAUCCUUAAGUUAGAGUAAGGGAUUCGAUUGUUUCUUCCCCACAGACGGCGCCAAUUGUGAGGGGUUAAACUCACACCUAGAUUUUAGAUCAGGUUUAGUGUUUAGAAAAGGUUAGGGAAAGAUAACGUGGGCUGAAUCCCGUAAUGACUUGUAGAAUGAAUUGGAUUUGUAUUGAUAAUGUGGUAAAAGAAUGGUUAUAAAAGAUGUUCUCUCGAUGAUUACAAAGAUUAUAAGAUUGUUACAAGAAGAAUGUUUUCGAUGAAUGUUGAGUAAAAUAUGAUUUUCGUCAGGUCCCCUUUCUUAGUCCUCGACCUUCUCUUUAAAUAGCCUUGGACUUCUUUAGGUUGUCUUCAACUGAUCUCCGCGAUCUUCUCCGCUUGAGGUGGAAUCCGCAACAGCUUCCCCUUGACCGGGUCCUGCGCUUCUUCUUGUUAUGACGUGAGCUUCCUCUUCGUCGUGACCUCUUUAGUUAGGAUCCUUAGCUUUCAGCCUUCGUCUCUAGCUUAGCUCUCUUUAGGCUUUGAACUCGUGAUGGGCCUAUCACGGCCCAUCAUUAUCUUCUUUAGUGUUCAAACACUUAGCCAAACUGUGCCUCCAAUCGUGAGCAAGUGUAGAGUCCGUGGUACCACUGAAAUGCUCCAAGUUCACAUACUUCAUCUGUUACAACACCCUGAUAAAUGUUUCAUCAACCUUGGGCACAUGCAUUGGAAUGACGGGUGGCGGCGGCGGAACCUGAAAGACACCUGGAACUGGCUGAAUAGGAACCUGCGGAUACUGUGGCGCUGGGGCCUGCUGAGCUGGAGCCUGAUGAUCUUGCUGAACCUGAACUGGCGGAACCUGCUGCAUAUGAAUUUGCGGACCCUGCUGCACAUGAAUCUGAGGACCCUGCGGAACAUGCUGAGCUGCAGCCAUCUGUCGAGCAACUUCCUGAGCAGCUACUCGGGCAUCCUCUUGAGCGGCUUGCCUGGCUGCCUCUUGGGCAAUCUGUUGAACUGCUUCCUGAGCAGCCUGUCUAGCAGCAUCCUGAACCAUCUGUCUCAUAGCCUCCUGGUCAACCUGAGGAACAUCGGGCUGCGGAACUGCGGGCUGAACAUGCUCAUCCUGAGCCUCUCUAGCAUCUCUAGCGAUCUGAGCACGUGUAGCUCUCCUCGGCGGCAUCUGAAAUUAAGGCAAACGAGUUAACUUCUGACUAAAUCCAACAAUUAAAGGAGUGAUAUCGAACGGAAAGGUGCUAUUUUAUUUUAUUUUCAAAAAUCCCCAUAUCCCAAUAAACAUUUGAAAACCGAUUAAAACCGAAUAAAAACUGAGUCUCCAAAGAUCGCCAUCCCGGGUCGGAGCCGGGACGGAACACGGCUCUGAUACCAAAAUUGUGGCGACCGCCACUUUCGAAUAUGAUAAAAUAAUUCGAGAUAAAGUAACGAUAAAAUAAUAGCGCAGCAGAAAUAAUAAUAUUAAUACGGAUAAUAAAAUCCACGUCAUAUCAUAAAGUCAAAUCCGAAAAUAAACAUCCGAAAUACAAAUAACAAUAUAAGCCCGAAGGCUGAAAUAAGAAAUAACAUAAACGAUAGAAGUCCAAAGGCCUGAAGGCCCAAUAACGAUAAAAGAUAAAACGAUAAACAAUAAAGCCCACGAGCCCAAAUAGUAGCACUAGUCCGAUAUGAUCACUCCUGCUCAUCGGUCUCACCUGAAAGGGGAAAGAAAGAGGGGUGAGCAACAGGGGAGUCGCUCAGUGAGGUAUGGAAUGCUAAACCGCAAACCACUGACUCAGUUUAUAGCACUGCAACUAUGUAGGCUUAGCUCUAGCAUGAAACAAACACGGCGUCUAGUACACCACACAUAACGACAAAUAAUGCGCUAAUAGCACACAGCUAAUCUCUGCACCACGCAUUCCCUUAUAAGGAUAUAAACAUAUACUCGAAGCGUCGCUAGUACAGUCUGUCUCUGUACCCCCGCCCACCGUAGCGUCGAAUGCAAACGUCUCUGCACCACGCCCCCAAACAGUAGCGUCGAAGCUCAAACGUCUCUGAACUCACGCCCAUAUCACACCGUAGCGUCGAAUCUCGGACAUCUCCGAACUCACGCCCAUCACAUAGUCCCUACUCAUAACUAUGUAUAUACAUAUAUAUAUAUAUAUAUAUAUAUAUAUAUAUAACAGUUCUCAGCAUCAAACAUUUCACACAAUCGUUGAACCCUCUAUUAUCCUAUUUCCGGUUUAACAAUCAAUAACAAUUAUGAACACGCAAGACUCUCAAACAGACUCGAUUCACAGAGACUAUCAUGUUUCGAAACUAAACUUCUCAUAAUAGCAGUACUAAACUAGCUCGGGAUUUAAACGGAGUAGCCCUCACCUUAGCAAAUGAAGAGAAGUGAUGUCUAUGAACUCCAGCUGCUCAAAUAGGCUCCAAAUCUGAAAUCAGAUCGAAAUUCUGAAUCAGAACGCCCUUCGAACGGGUGAAAACGGGUGUCUAAGGAAAAGUCAACCCGCUGGUCAAAGGUCAACCCGGUCAAACCUUGACCAGAAAUCAAUUAAGCCUAACCGACCGGUUUACUCUGACCUAAAUCGAUUUCAAUUGGACCACCCGGUUUAACCUUAACCGAAAUUAAAUUAAUUAAUUAAAUCGACCGGUUUAUCCUAACCGAAAUCUAAUUAAUUUUAACCAACCGGUUUACCCUAACCGAUUCGCAAUUAAUUUAAACCAGUCAAACCAACCGGUUGACCGAGUCACCGAGUUGACUCACCGAGUCGACUCAGCCGAGUUGGCGAGUCGCCGGCGAGUCACCGGCAGAGGUCACCGGCGGCGGCGGCGGAGGGACGGUGGCUUACCGGAAAAGUCACCGGCGGCGGCGGCGGUGCGGUGGUGACGCGGCGGCGGAUUCCCGGCGGCGAACUAACGGCGGCCGGGUGCGGCGGCUCCGGCGAACGGUGGUCGGAGACGGCGGAGCGUGCGUUUCACGCGCGCGCGGGCUGAUCUUCCGGAGGCGCGUACGGCUUCGUCUGAACUCCGAUUUUGACGAUUUCGGUGGCUAUGGAUUCGUCUCGUCGAGAGGAACGCGAUGGUGGUCUUGCAUGCACGAAAUACGCAACGGUUAGGAAGUUAUGGUCGAUUUACUAAAGCGGCCGAAACUAAACUUAAAAUGCAUGUGGCUUCCGGGGGUUACCUAGGGGGAUGAUCGGUGGUGGUGAACUGAACGCGAUCACUGGACGUGGUGGCUCCGGCGACGAGCUCCGGCGACCCUCUCUCUACAAAAUGAUCACACUUCCUUAGCUCACUCUCUCUCAAACUCUUUAAUCUUUUUUUUUUCUUUGUUGUUGCAAAUGGUGGAGAAACCAAAGUAGAGAGGGCUUUUUAUAGAAUUACCUUGGGUAAUUUCGAGUGGGCUUGGGCCUGGCGGGUUUGAAAUUGUUGGGCCAUUAAUUGGGUCAUUACAAUUUUUUACACACUUUUGAAUUCG